AUGCCUCCUCCACAUUCUGCACCUGAAUUAGCUCAAAAAAUUUCUGAUAUCUUGAUGGAUUGGAAGAUAGAUAGGAAAAUCUUUUCUUUUACUUUGGAUAAUGUUGCGGCUAAUAAUGCCAUGGUGAAAUUAUUGAAAACACAACUUCAGUUGCAAAGCUCAUUAUUGUGCAAUGGGGAAUAUUUUCAUGUGAGAUGUUGUGAACAUAUUUUGAAUCUUAUUGUACAAGAAGGGUUGAAAGUAGCUAGUGAUGCUUUAGAUAAAGUCAGAUCGAGUAUCAAAUAUGUUAAAGCAUCAGAAGCUAGAAUGAUCAAGUUUAAGGAAUGUGCAAGAAAAGUUGAUAUUGAAUUUACUACUUCAUUGUGCUUGGAUGUGCCUACACGUUGGAAUUCCACAUAUUUGAUGCUUGCUAGUGGAAUUAAAUAUCAACGGGUUUUCUCUAUGCUUGAAUGUGAUGAUUUAGCUUAUAAGCAUUGUCCGACAGAAGACGAGUGGGAAGGAGGAAAAGUGAUGUGUGAAUUCUUGGAGCCAAUUUAUGAUAUUACUACUUUAAUUUCUGGUUCAUCCUAUCCUACUUCCAACUUGUACUUUAUGGAAGUGUGGAAUAUUGCACGUUUAUUGGAGAAGAAUUCUAGAAGUCAUGAUGAAGUGGUAAAGUCUAUGCCUCUUAAGAUGCAAUCAAAGUUUGAGAAAUAUUGGGAAGAGUAUAGUGAUAUUCUUUCCAUGGGGGCCGUGUUUGAUCCAAGAAUGAAGCUGAAACUUGUGGAGUAUUGUUACUCAACACUUGAUCCUCUUUCAAGUGAGGACAAAGUCAAUAGGUUGAAGACGAAAUUGUAUAUUCUAUACGAUGAGUACAAGAAAAAAGGUGAUGAUGCAUAUUUGUCUAAAGUUUCUCAAUCUAGUGGAAGAUGUAAUUCUGAACUUGGAGAAUCUAAAUUCAUGGAAGGAGUAAGAAGACAAGAAGUGGGAAAAUUGAAAAUGAAUCCUAAUGUGUUUGUUGCAUAUAGGAGUUAUAGAGGUGCAACUUCGGAAGCAAAGUCAGCAUUGGAUGUAUAUUUGGAAGACAUGACGACGGAUGAAAAUGCUAAACUUGAUUUGCUUAAGUAUUGGAAAGAUCAUUCAUCCAAUUGCGCAGAACUUGCUAGGAUGGCGUGUGAUGUGCUUAGUAUUCCUAUAACAACGGUAGCAGCUGAAUCUUCCUUUAGCGUUGGAGCACAUAUCCUAAACAAAUAUAGAAAUAAACUUCUUUCUGAAAAGUCCAAGCUCUUAUUUGCAUGCAUAAUUGGUUGCAUGGAUAUUCUAAAGGGCCGUAGCACAGUUGGCAACGGAGGGGCAGAUCUUGCUGCAAUGAGUAUGAGUUUGAAUCCCAUUGUUGUCGUGUACUUGCUUCCAUCUCUAAGGCACAAAUGUGAGACCUUGGGAGAUGGGCUUCUGGCAACCAAUGGGUUAAGGCCUCUUCCUUAA